GCGUCGGGUGGUAGGUAAAACACGACGUUGAACCACGUGACCAGCUCCCGGGUUCUGGUUGGUAGAGUCACCCUCAGAACGUUGAACAACGGCGCGGUGGGUCACGUGACAGCAUCUGCUGCUGCUGGCUGAGCGAAGCGUGUUAGCAGAUUUUUUCUAUUUUGUACAUACAUUGUUUUGUAUAUACUGUAUAUGAUGACUUCAGUGGUCAGCAAUCCAGCCCGGGGAACUCGGGACAGAACGCUGCCCAGCACCACACAAACAACACAACCACAGAAACAGAUACAGGCCACAGCAGAACAGCUUCGUUUAGCCCAAGUGAUCUACGACAACAAUGACGCUGACUUUGAAGACAAGGUCAAACAGCUGAUUGAGGUAACUGGGAAGACUCAAGAUGAGUGCAUGGUAGCCCUCCAUGAUUGCAACGAAGAUGUAAACAGAGCCAUUAAUUUCCUGCUGGAGAGCCACUCUGACACAAACUCCUGGGAGACCGUGGGGAAGAAGCGGAACCUCGGGAAAGAAGGAGGAACUUCAGAGAUAAAGGAGAGCAGAGAAAGGAAAGGAGGAGAGAGGGAGGCCAGUCGUGGACGUGGAGGCUCCAACAGGAGGGGCAGAGGAAUCAGCCGAGGGCGUGAAGGUCGGUUUGAGGAGAAUGGGUUUGAGGUGGCUCCUGGAGAGAGGGGGGGUGACCGUGGACGCAGGGGGCGAGGCAGAGGGCCAGGGGUUCGUGGUCGGGGAAGAGCAGCUGUAGGCAACAGGUUCUCCUCCCAGGGAAUGGGCACGUUCAAUCCUGCUGACUACACGGCUAACUCUGGAGCUCGCCAGGAGACAUGGGAAGGGGACGGCAACGAGCCUGCUGAGGCACCUGGAACAUGGGUUGGCAAUGUGGAAGACUGGACUUCAGAAGACUGGAAUGAGGAUUUGUCUGAGACCAAAGUAUUCACUGCGUCUUCUGCUCCAGGAAAUAAUGUGGACAUGAGUGGCCUACUGCCAAAGGCUGGAGUGGCUGUUGGAUGUUCCAUGGACUCUGACUUGGGGGCAAUUGUCGAUGGCCCCUCAGCUGAGGAUUUGGGCCAAAGCCUGGUGUUUACCAAUUCCCACCACAAUGGACGCACUGCAACACACAGCUAUGCACACGCCACAGCCAACAGCUACGCCCAUGCCGCCUCUGCUAGUACCACCUAUGCACACGCUGCACUGUCAUCAGUCCUGGGCUCUGGUUUUGGUUCUCUGAAUGGACCUAAGCCAACAUCUCCCCUUGACUCCAGGACAUCAGAACAGCUCAAUGGGCCUCGGCUUGGUCAGAGAGCCAGUCAAACGCUGGCAAACACCACCAGCAGCAGCAGCAGUAAUGUUUCCAAAGACGCAGGGCCACUUCCAAUGCAAAGUCCUGCUCCUGCCUCCUUUCCCUCUUUAGACAUCAAGGCUCAAAGAGUAGAGAACAGCCCUGUUACUGCCCAAAACUUGGAGCUGAAGCUUCAGCCGGAGCCAUCAGCGGUGCUCAGUCAACUGGCUCAGAGGCAACAACAGUCCACCAUCCUCUCCACCACAGAGUCUUUGGGCCUGUCUCAGUCGCAUGUGCCACAGGUCCCCACACCCCCAGGUCAUGAGUCCUCCGUCCAGCCUCUAAGAGAUGGAGCUUCUCCUGGACUGAAGCUGCAGGGCAUGGACCCUCCCAACACAGAGGCCCCUCAGCGACAGCUAAAGACCCAGAGACGCAGAGUACCUCCUCCUUCAAAGAUCCCGUCGUCGGCAGUGGAGAUGCCAGGCUCAGCAGAUAUGUCUGGCCUGAAUUUUCAGUUCGGAGCUCUUGACUUUGGAUCUGAGGCCGGUAGUGGAACAGUUGACAUGGCACACAUGGAGUUGCCCAGGGAACAAGCCCCCACUCAGGCCCCAGCUCCAGCAGCUGCAGCACCCAUGUCUGUCCCCACCACUGUUCCCACACAGCACCCACAGAGCAGCCUGUUCCCCAAGCCAGGAUCUGUGGGCGAACACAUGAGCAGUUUGCCCAGUAUAUCCUCAGGCGUGUCAGACCCCAGCUUCCCCUCACCAUCUUUGGGCUUGCCCAGUGCCACACCCUCACCGUCCCUGGGUCUUCCUUGUGCUGCCACUCCACCCUCUUGUGCAGCCCCUACCACAACCAGCCGUUCGGAGAGCAGUGGCCAAAGGUCCCUGCCACCUCAUCUUGGCUUCUCACAGAGCAAAGAUGUCACAUCAGCUGGUGCUGGACCUCUCACCAAUGGCUACAGUGGGAUGAAGACACAGAGCAUACAGGACAAUACGUCAUCAUCGUCUAGAACGGUGAAAACGGAGUCUCCUGUUAUGACGAGCGAUAGUGGCCCCGGUCACCACAUCCCUUCCCCUGCAGUCACACCUUCGCACUCAACACCCAUCCCUUCGCUCAGCAGUCACGUGACGAGUAAUCACCCACCUGGAGCCGCCCUUGCCACAAGUUCAUCCCUGACGCAUCAGAUAAGUCAUGAGGAGAGCAGUAGCAGCAGUGGAAACCUUCAUGCCUUUUCAUCAUCAUCGUCCAGCCAAGUUGUCAAUCCCAACCCUUCAGUCCCCCUGGCUGUAAGCAGCUCAAUCAUGAAUGGUCUUCACCCAUCUGGAGCACCAGGACUUACUCAGAAUGGCACAAACACCUCACUCUCAGUUUCAGGCAGCCGCACAGCACCGCUGCUCACCGCCACCUCUGGUAAAGCUCCUCCCAAUUUGGCUCAAGGAGUGCCGCCUCUUCUGGCAAACCAGUACAUCAUGGGCCCCGGAGGCUUGCUCCCUGCUUAUCCGCAGAUCUAUGGAUACGAGGACUUGCAAAUGCUGCAAUCUCGCCUUCCAAUGGACUAUUAUGGUGUAACAUUCCCUGGAACUACAGCUGCAAUGGCUGCAAGAGAUGGCCUCGCCAAUAAUCCAUAUUCUGGUGAGGCAACAAAGUUUGGUCGGAAUGACUCUUCAUCUCCAGCUCCACCAACCAGCCUGUCUACAGCCGGGGUGCAGUCGCAGCCCCAGCAGGCACUGCAGGCAGGGACACAGGGCCAGGGCGCAGUGCAGAGCCAGGGUCAGCAGACACAGAACCAGGCCUUCCUCAACCCGCCCCUGCCCCCCGGCUAUGGAUACACUGGUCUGCCAUACUAUGCUGGUAUGCCCGGGGUUCCCUCAGCCUUCCAGUAUGGCCCCACCGUCUUUGUGCCUCCUGCUUCGGCCAAACAACCUGCAAUGGGAAUGGCCAACCCCUCCAAUCAGUAUCACCAACAGCAUCAGCCCAGUUACGGACAACAUGCAUAUAGCACAGCCUUUGAUGACCUCUCUCAAGCCCAUGCUGGGGAGUACAGUAAGGGAGGUUACGGAGGCUCUGCCCAGUCACAGGCCAAGUCAGCGGGCGGCGGCCCAGGGAAAGAUGAUUCUACUGUCAAGAGUGUUCUGGAGAGAGCACCAGGACUGUCGGGCUCAGGUACCAGUGGAGGAGUACCUGAUAUGGGAGGUUCAAUCUACAGCAAAACACAGUCAUUUGACAAGCAGGGCUUCCACACAGGGACACCACCUCCCUUCAGCCUGCCUUCAGCACUCGGGGGAACAGGGCCCCUGAACCCCGGGGGUGCUCCAGGCUACGCCCCUGCUCCCUUCCUUCACAUUCUGCCACCGCACCAACAGCCCCACUCCCAGCUGCUGCACCAUCACCUCACACAGGAGGGACAGGGUGGACCUGGACAGCGUGGUCAGUCCAGCAGCAUGCAGCAGAAAACCCAAGGCAGCAAGUCCAGCUACGGCAGCUCCCCCUAUUGGGCCAACUGAGGAAUGCUCCCGAUUCUCCCCCUCCCCCAAAAGGCUGUGUGUGUAUGUUUGUGUGCGAUUGUGUGUGUUUAAAGCUAAAACAAAUAGCAAAUCGGAAGACACACUACCCUCACAAUGAGCAACCUUGGGCUCCUUUGCCCUGCUCACCCCACCUCCACUAGUCCUCAUAAGUCUUUUGGGUUCUCUCUUUACCCCUUUUCAAAAUUGGUUGUACAUGUAAGAUAUUUAUGUAUGUAUUUAUAUAUAUAUACUGUAUAUGUAAUAGUAGAACUUGAAAUGUGGCAUUUUAUUUUUGAAGGACUUUUUGUUUACUUUUUCAAAACUGCAGCAAAAGAUGUUACAUUUAGACAAAACGAGAUGAUGAUGAUGAUGAUGAUAAUGAUGGUGGGAGGGCGAGUGUAAAAGAUAAAUUAUCAAAAACUUCGUGGAAAAAACCAGAAAAAGGAAAAGGAGAGAGCUAUAGCACUGUUUGCAUAUGAGGACAUUUCAGAUGGGGGUGGGGUUUAUAAUUACUAACUGCAUCUGUCUCCUUUUUUUAUUUUAUAACUUCUUGAAUGACCGGUUCACCCCUGAAACUACAUUUUGUAGCUUCCUCUUUCCCAGACUUUCCCUGCGUCAACACCCCCUUUAAAGACAGACCUGUCCAUCUAAAUUUUAUAUUUUAAUUUAAUUUUAACCCUCAUUUCCUGAGAAAUAAAAGUUCUGAGCAGUUGGA